GAGGCCCUAAAGGGUUCUUCCGAUACGAUCGAAUACAUUAAGGGCUAAAAUCAUAUCACUUUUCAACUUGUCUUAUUAUUAGUGAGGCGUCACGCUGAAAUUUAAUAUUUUGUACAUGUAAGGUAAAUAAUAAAACUUAACGGGCUCCUUCUCACCCGCCUCUUUGCAUUUCUUGUUCGGAAACUACAUUAUAACCUCUGAGUGGUUAUUUAUGUACUUUACAAUUUAUAUUCAGCUCUUAAUUUCUAUGUAUGUUUAUUUCGGUUUUGAAAUUCACCAAUUCAUUGGGUUGGCAUUUCCUUAUAUUUUUAAUGUUUUUACCUUCGAGGAGUGUUAACUUUCAGCUGGAAUCCAGCAGGCUGCUCCUAAACUCAACAUAAAUCGUCAUCCACCAGUGCUGGGUUUAAUCCAUUGGUAGUUUCUAUCGAUGGAAUUAGCACUGGUUAGGAAGUGGUCAAAUAUAAUAGCAUAAUUUUUCGGACUGCUAUAUGGGGAGUAUCUUAUCUUUUAUAAGAAUAGCAUCAGAUCUUCUUAAAAUCUCUCGUUCGUUGUCAUUAUUAGAAUCAUUUAUUUCUAAUUUUUAAUUUUCAGAACUUUAUCACAACUUUUGAUUAUAUCUAUACAUUUUUAAAUAUUAUUCCGUGAUAAUUAAUUUUAUUAACUUUCAAUGUAAUCUAUUUAAUUUAAAGUUAUAAUUCUGAAUCCGCUUUCUAAGUUUUAUGUUUUAUUAUUAAAACCUGAGGAAUAUCAUUAUUAACUUAUACCUCUUUUAUCAGUUUACCACUACCUAUUUGGAAGGUUAUGGCGCUUAACAAUUACUAAUGUGUUUUGUAUCGUUUGUUAUUGUGGUUAAUGCUAGAUUAUUUCAACUGAAAAACACUGAUAAUUACGUCAGAUUUUACUCUAUAAACGUUUAGUUAAUAUUUUUCAUAAUGUCUUCCGACUUUGCGACAGUUUUAAUGGAUAUGGGGUUCUCUAAAGAACAAGCGGAAAGAGCUCUUCAAGUGACAGGAAACCAAGGAGUUGAACCUGCUAUGGAAUGGCUGUUGGCACAUGGUGAUGAUUUCGAUCAGUCUGCAGGAACUGCGGUCAAUAGUGCUCCCACUACCUCAUCAACUGAAGAUGCUACUAAAUCUUCUAAUGAAACUGGUGACUCGCCCAAUUCUGAUGUUGAAGCCAAAUCCUUAAUAUGUAAUGAUUGCAACAAAUUGUUUAAAAAUCAAGCAGAAGUUGAAUUUCAUGCUGCAAAAUCAGGUCAUACAAAUUUCGCCGAGUCCACCGAAGAGAAAAAAGCUCUGACUGAAGAAGAAAAACUUGCACAAAAGAAACUACUAGAACAAAAACUUAUCGAAAAACGGAGAGAAAGGGAAAAGCGUGAAGAAAAUGAGGCCUUAGAAAGAGAAAAAAACCGAAUUCGUGCUGGAAAGGAAAUGAUUGAAAUUAAAAAGAAAAUGCAAGAUGAAGAACUUAGAAAGGCCAUUGAACAAAGGAAAAAAGAAAAAGAAGAGGAUAUGAAAGCUCGACAAAGGAUAAAGGAUCAAAUAGAAGCUGAUAGGCAAGCACGUAGGGAAAAGAUGUUGCAGCAGCAAGGUAUUGAAAAACCAACUCCACCUCCUGUAGUUGUUGAAGUCGCUAAGCCAGCUGUUAAAAAAGACUAUACGGAAACAAGGAUACAGAUAAGACUUUUGAAUGGAGAAUCUCUGACCCAGACAUUUGGUAUCAAAGAACAGCUCUCAGCAGUACGGUUAUACAUUGAAUUAAACAGGACUGACGGCGAUGGCUCUUUUUCAUUAAUGACAACUUUUCCUAGAAAAGUUUUUGUAGAAGAUGAUUAUGAUAAGCCUUUGGAUGUAUUAGGUGAAAUGUCAACUGCAUUCGCAAAAGAUUCUCCGCUUUCCCCUUCACUGUUGUCUUCAGACUCCAGGAAUGACCACGUGUUUGAGUUAGCGAACUCGAUAUCUUGGGGAGAUAUGAAAUCAUCUGUUUCAACUGUAUCAACUUCAUCAUGGCUCAGUUCAAGGCUAGUCAUAAAGCAGAAAUCGCAAUUGAAAUACCAGAACCUGAUGUAAAAUUCUAAUCUUGUAUUUUGCUUGUAAUAGAAAUUUUAAAAACCAAAUCUUAGAAGCAUUUUAUAUUCUAAUUUAUAAUAAUUCAUAAGUGUUACAAAUAUGCAUAUGAAUAAAAUUGAAAUAAUUUUAUUUUUUAAUAUAAUGCGAAGUAUUUAAUGUGAACAAAACCCAAAGUUAAAUCAAAAUGUAUGAACUUUCAUUAAGUAGUUCACUUUCAUUGGAUGUUUUAACAACUCAUUAUUGGCUCAUAUUUCAGAUUUUUGAUUUGUAAGUCAUAAAUGGGAUAAUAAUAUAAAAAUUUGAAGAAAAUAAAUGUAUUUAUUAUAAGUCCAAAAAUAUAUUUGCAGUAUAUACAAAUUUAAUAAAAUAUGGACAAAAUACUGUGAAAGUCUUUGAAUUUAUAAAGUUGUGAUAGACAUGAAAAUCAAUAAAUUAAAGAAAAUAAUACAAACAUGUUAGAAAACAAGAAAGUGGUGAAUUGAAAAUGGAAUCUGAUAUUUUUAUAUAGUUAUGAAAAUUAAAUUAAUUUUAUAAAGCUAGUUACAUAAAUGAUAUAGGAACAACUAAAAGACCCCUAAAACUAAAAAAAACAUAUAUUUUUAAUAAAUUAUAAAAAUAAAAUGUAGACACCCAAAAAUCUGUUGAGAGGAUAAAUCCUUCAAUAGAAAUAUUAUUUCUGUUAAAGAAGAAACUAAAUAACAAAUGAUUUUGUGGUUUAAAUAAAACUGAUCCCAAAGUUUUUGAGGGAAAAUAAAAUAAAUAAAUAGUUUUUCAAAAAAACAUCUUGGAAUAAAUUUUUAUAAAUAAAUUUCAAACCAACUUAUCUCUAUACAAUUUUAAUUUAUGAAAAUCUUAUCACUCAUGAGUUGAGAUCUUAUUGUAAAUAGAGAAACAAAUUAGACUGGACGCACUCCAUGGAACUUCCAUAAUUUAAUAGGAAGUUAUAAAUGAUCAAUAAUCCAUAUAUACAUCAUUUUUUUUAAAUGACUAAUAUUUCUUCUAUUCCCAUAAUUUAUACGUGAUUGAAACCACAUUAAACUUAUUUUUAAACUCUAUUCCCAAAAUGUCAUCCUAAUUCGGUAAUUCUUUUUUUCCACCAUUGCCACAAUUGGAAAGGUAGAAUAAUUUGAAAAAUAUAUUCAGCUAACUUUUCAAUGAAUAUUAAAAAUUGAUUUCCAUUUCAUUGUAUCAAAAGUAGCUAUUUGAACAAUUAUUGUUGGCAAUAAGUUCUAGACCUAGAACACAUUUUUAUUUCUUAUUCUAAUAACUCAAGUAAUAUUUAAAAGAAUAUUAUUAUUCAUGUUCAUUUUUUUUGUUUAUUAAUAGUAUCAGAGACCUAAAGGUAAAGGGAUAGAAGAUAUUUUUUGAAAAAAUUUAGUUAUGCGUAUGGCUGAUCUGAAAUAUAUUCGAUCUGAGCAUUAGUUAGGAACUAUAAUUUUUAUGGUUGAAUAAAAAUAUUGAAAAGUGUAGUAAUACACUUUUGUAUAAGCUAUGCAUCAAAUUAAUUUUUGACAACAAUAAGAACUUUGGUGUCUUCUACUUUAUUACACUUUUAGGUAUCUUUAUGCAAUGUUUUAGCCACUUUCCGUGAAAAAAUAAAAAUAAUAUAUGCUCUUUUUCAUUUAAAAGUGGAACACACCCUGAUUUUUUUUUUUUUUUUAAUUAUCAGUAUUACUUAAUAGCUACCCGUAAGCCACUGGACUAGUUUCAAGAAUUUGUAUGUUUCUACUAACGUAUUUCGAUAGGUUUCCUGUUUAAUGAUAUUAUGAACAGAAUAUACAGGAUAUUGAACUAAUUUGUUGAUAUCACAAUUUGUCAAGUUAUGAUAGCUUGGUUUAUGACCACCAACAACAGUUCCAUCACAAUCCAUUAAUUCCAAUGUUCGGUUAAAGCAUAUUCGUACCUCUAACAGAAUAGAAGCAUUUUGUUUCUAAAACAGACAAAUAUGUAAGUAGAAUUACACUUUCCAAUUAUAAAUAAAAGACAUACCUCAUGAAACUUACAUCUUGGUAGCAGGCUACUUGUGGAUUCUUUCCCAAUACACUUUGUACCCCAUCCCAGAUUUUAGUUAUGUUAUACUGAUUGCCAGGUGUUACUCCAGCUUUUGUCAAUACAGAAUACAUAUUGUAAUCCUUCAUCCACUCCAAUCCUUGAUUAAAAUAUUGGAACUCGGUGGAUAAUUUUGGAACUACGGCUGCACAUGUACCAUGCUUUAACCAUUCAUGUGACCACAGAGCUGUGAUCUUUUUGUGUUUUUCUACUGGUGUCCAUAACUGCUCCAAUUGCUUUUCAAUGCCAUAUAAAGCUUCAGGGCUGAAAGGUCUUGUUUUAUUACAAAAGCCUGGCCCGAUUGUUCCAUAUUUUGUGGGC